AUGGGACAUGCGACGACGGAGGAAGAGGCGAACAGUGUGACCGUGGCGCAGACGACGAACAGGGUGAGGGCAAACACAGUCGACUAUGAUGAGGAAGAGAAGGAACAGGCCAUGAAGCUUGCUGAUCUGAUGAAGAGAGCGACAAGCUCCAUCGGUAAAGGCCAGGACGACAACGAGGCAGACUACGGCUCCCAGAAAAAGACUGAUAUCUCCGAAUUCUGUAGUCGCCCCUUGCCAGCCAGCACAUCCACAACGACAGUCUCAAUCACCAUCUACGAGACGUUGACGGCAGCAACAACAAUCUUCGUCACCAACACUGUUGCAACGACCACCACCACCACCACCACCGUCACCGCUGCCGCGUCGCCGAUCCUCAAGAUGACACCCCCGGGCUUGCUUCAGACCGUCACCACCGUGCCAACGAUCCCCAAGAGUCCGCUCGAUCCAAAUCUGUUCGUGGCCAAGGGGCCAACAACUUCGGCUGCCAGGGCCGACGACGCGGUCGGAAUCCAUAUCUCUCGCGGGGCAGUCGCUGCGACUCUCUUCUUCAUGUGCGUCUGGGUUGUUGUGUCGGGCGGGACCUGGAUCCGAGGGACGCACUUCCAUCGUGCCAUGUUGCUGGUAGUCCCGGCCCUGUUCCCACCCAUCUUCGUCGGGUGCUUCAUGCAGGAGAUCAUCGCCAUGAACCAUCUCCUCCUUCCCGAGCCGUUUGUUCGUGCCCUUCUCUUCAUGCUGGGGGUAUGCGCUUGCCUGUUGUUUUUGGAAGCAUUUGGUGUCUUUGCCUUCAACAGACAGGUAUGGGACGCGUUCAUAGCGUGGAGGUCUGGCAAAGGCUGGGACUUCAGCUGGGGGUGGACGAGGGAUCACGACGCGCGUGGCGAACGCCGCAACAAUAUGGCGUGUAUCGAUUACACGGAGCGUACAGAGCGCCGACGUGGGAGUAGGGACGGGCGCUACGUGCCGGCGCCGUGGUGA